GCGUCGUGUUAUGACGUCACACGCGUGAGAGCGUUGUGCAUUCGCUGAAACAGACACACUGAAACAAACUCGCAUCAUAAAAAAACAAAACAAAAAAAAAAAAUCUAACAUUUCAUUUCUAUAAUUCAUUUUUGAAAAUUUGGUUUGAACUCGGGGAUCUCCAAACGUUCGGAGUGCGCCGUGUUGUUGGGGUCCCAAACAAAUCAUGGAGUCCAAAGUGCAAGACGUCCUACCGUCGACCGAGAUCAUCCCCCUCGCCUUGCCCAAAGGAACCGAAAAGGUGUGCGAACUGUGUCAGAAACGAGCAUAUUUGCAGUGCGCCAGGUGUCGAGUCACCUACUACUGCGAUGCGGAGCACCAGCAUUCUGACUGGAUCGGCAUCCACAAGAGGAUUUGCCAGUUGCUCAUCCCCAUUCGCACCCCGUCGUUAUUUAGUAUGCAGCGUGCCGGCCGCAUUGAAAAUCUACUCAAAACGAAAGAGCUGAUCGAGAUUUGCAGGUUGGUGGCGGAGAGCAAGCUCUCAGAGGGGAAGCAUGAAGAGGCCGUGCCAGCCGCCCAGGCCUGCCUGCGCUGCUCCGUCGACGUGUACGGACCCAACACGGUCCAGCUGGUGCCAGCUUACCUGUUGCUGGCCGAUGCCAACAUGGGCAUGGGUAAUCUGGCCCUGGUGGCCGAGCUGAUGUCCCAAGCGGAGUGGGCAGUGUUGAAGAGUCCCGAAUGUGGCUAUGCGGUCCACCAUCGGCUACACAGGAGCAUGGGCUGUCUCCAUACAGCCACGGGUCACUUUGAGGCGGCGCUUUUUCACUUUGCAAACGAUAUAUAUUUUGCGAGUGAGGAGUAUGGUCUGGAUAGCACUGUGACAUGUGGGGGUUACUUCCUCAUGGCCGAUGUGUUUGUCAAACAGGGCGAGCCCGCUAUUGUUCAUUCCUUGUACAAAGAGGUGGCAGAGACCUGGCACUCUCACCUGGCCAAACUCCUGCAGAGCCACAUUCAAAAUUUACAAAAGAAUCCUGAUACAACGGAGCCCGCCUUUGAUAAAGGUCAGCAAGUGGAAGUGGGCAAGAUACUCAGGUCCAUUUUAGAGUUUGAGCAGGACGAAACUCGAAAGGAACCGGCUCAGGUGGCUUUGGUGGCCCAUUCACUAGCCAUGCUCUCCUACCUGGGUGGUGAUGUUACCAGGGUGAGUCACCUGCCAAGGCUCUGGGAUUUGGACAAAUGGCGCUGGAAGCGAGCCAGCUGAUACCAAACCAUGACCUGACAGAGCCCAUCCGGGCUCUGCUGCAGCUGCUGAGUAAAGACUCGCAGCUGACUUCUACCUAGGAUCUACAACAGUCCCACUGAGAAUUGACAUUUUCAAGAGUCCCGUGAUAUUUGCCGCAUUCAUUUCGAGGUAUUUUUUUUUCUCCCAAAACUGGUAGUCAGUUAAUCUUUAUCUUGUCUUGAUUUUGGCAUUCAUUUGUUAUUCAUUUAUUAUUGACUUCAGGAGGAUUCAAACUGAGUAGUUUCACUGUACCAAAAAAAGCAGGCAUUUUUAGCAUGUGUAUUUUAUUUGUAUUGAUCAUAAUGAGCA